AUGAGCAGCUCCGUAGCUGCUGCGCUCGGUCGUCUCCAGAGCGAUACACAGGACUUUUGGGCGCCGUUGCAUGCCAUUCGUCGCGUCGACGCGCUACGUUUGACACCGCUGCAAUUCCAUCGAGAGUUUGUGAGUCGCAACGCGCCCGUUGUGCUCCGGAAUGCGAUGACGUCAGCGCUGUGGCGACGAGCUCUUGUGAAGUGGCAAGAUGAUGCGCAUCUUGUCACUAAAGCGGGGGACGCCCUUGUCACAGUGAACAUGACGCCUUUUGGAAUUGGAGACGCGGUGCUGGAAGUUUCCCCGAACGGUCACGAGGGAAUUUUCGUGAUGCCGGAAGAACGCGAUCUGACAUUUGCGAACUUUCUCGAGUUGCUGCACACCCGUAACGAACGUCAAGGUGUCCCGUAUCUUUCGCAUCAGAACGAUAGCUUGCGCGAUCAACUUCCAGGUCUGUUCGAAGAAGUGCCAGCUGCGAUCGAGCUGGCGGUUGAAGCUUUUGGGAAUGAACCCGAGGCCGUGAAUAUAUGGAUCGGAGACGAGAGAGUCGUGUCCACCAUGCACAAGGAUCAUUAUGAAAAUAUGUACUGUGUCGUCAAGGGCCAGAAGCACUUCACCUUGCUGCCACCGUCAGCAGUAGGGUGUUUGUACGAGCAAGAGUUUGCGUCGGCGAGGUAUCGUCAUGCGGAGUCACCUGAGCCACAUGUCGAUGAACAUUUGGUCAUCGAUCCAAUUGCCACCAAACGGUUUCACGAAAAGUAUCCCCAGUAUCAACAGUGGUUAAUCUGGUCGUCGCGUGAUAAAGGAACUACGCCAUGGAUUCCAGUAGACCCGUUAAACGUCGAUGAAAAGCGGUAUCCGCUGGCUGGAGCGCUCAAUCCGAUUGAAGUGGUGGUCAAUGCUGGGGAAGUCCUGUACUUGCCGUCGUUGUGGUAUCACCGAGCAGCACACUUAUGCCCGACGAUCUCAGUGAAUUACUGGCACGACAUGGAGUUCGACUGUCGCUAUGUGUAUUUUAACUUUGUGCACGAUAUCGGUGCUCGAUACAUGGCGCUGGAGAAAGGUCGAGCUUGCGUCGGAAUAGUAAGUGGACAAGAAGCCGAAGGAGAACAUGAGGGCACACAGCACUGA